AUGGCAUACUUCGCUUCUAAAAAAAAAGUGGCUUCAAAAAAUUUUUCGGUAUUUCUCAAAAUUGUUCUGUUAAUUUCCAUUUUUUUGCAAAAAUCUUCUGGAAGUCCGACGAGGAAACGGGUUGCCAGCUUAUUUCGGGUAGUUAAUGGGCACUAUGCGCAGGCGGAUAGCUUUCCAUCGACUGUUGCAUUUUUGAAGCCCGAUAAAUCGUUCGUAUGCACUGGAAAUCUUAUAUCGUCAAUUUACGCACUGACUGCAGGUCAUUGCUUUGUCUUGUCAACAUUGAAAUGGAUAAUAGCUGGAGAUAUCUCAUUAAUUGAAACCGAUUCCAAAACCAGGCAAACUCGUGAGAUAGUCGGCAGCGUCGUGCAUCCUUAUUUCUCAAAUGUGGAGUAUAGCUAUGAUCUUGCCAUUGCAACUGUCAACGAUCCAUUUUUAUUUACAGUUUCAGUUCAGAAAAUAACCCUUUGCGAGAACCCUCCAGCCGUGGAUCUAGUGUGUACAAAUGCCGGAUGGGGUGCAACUAAACUGACGAGUCGUCCAACCCCAUCUCCCUACCUCAUGUUUCAUUACGUCAAAAUCAUUGAUCACUAUGACUGUCGCAAGAAGUUUUUUGAACCAGAUUUAAUUUGUACAUUUUCCAAGAAGUCUGUAGCUUACAAGGGAGAUUCGGGGGGUCCAUUGAUUUGUAAAGGUAAAUUGUGUGGUGUACUAAGCGCCUAUCAGCAGGACUAUGAGAAAAUCAACUUAUUUGCGAAUGUUGCGAGAUCUUACAAAUGGAUAACCACGAAUGGAACGCAAGGAAGAUCCAGUCGAAUGUUUCCAGGACACAUAUCUACCAUAAUGUGGAUACUUUUUUAUCAAGUUCUCAUUCAAAAAACUUGAAAAUAUCUUUUAAAAUGAAAAAUACAUGUAUUCUCCCAUAAA